UCGCGUCACCCAAUCUCCGCCGCCAUGAUUGUUAGUGGCAGUGAGUGAAGGCUGUGUGAAGGGUGAAGAGCUGCACAUCCAUGGUGAAGAGGAGCACCAUCGGAGCUUCGUGGAGUAUCAGUCCGGGGCGCCAGUGGGUGUCGUCCGUGCAGCCGCCAUGGUUCAGACGUGCUCAGCGUACGGCUGUAAGAACCGCUACCAUAAGGACAAAGACAUUUCAUUCCACAAGUUUCCUCUGGCACGCCCAGAUGUUAGUGCUAAAUGGGUGGCAGCGAUGAGGAGGAACAACUUCAAGCCAACAAAGUACAGUAACAUCUGCUCGCAGCACUUCACCAAAGACUGCUUCAAGAAAGAGUGCAACAACCGAGUGCUGAAGGAGAACGCUGUGCCAUCGCUCUUCACCUCCAACCACAACAUCAAGGCGGAGUCCCUGGAGGAUCCCUUCCCCUCAGAGAUCCAGUUCCCUCUGUCCUCUGACCCGGUGGUAGAGGAGGAGGAGCCCGGGAGUAGCCUGCCCGAGAUCCGAUGCGACACAGUGGCAGUCUCUUGCGACCACAACUACACAGCGGAGGAUUCUGCUCGGCAGAAGAAGCGCAUGGAGCAGCUCGAGGAGCAGUUAGGGAGUCUGAGGAAGAAGCUGAAGACGACGCAGCAGAAGUGUCGGCGGCAGGAGAGAGAGCUAAAGAGACUGAAGGCGGCAUGUGAGACACCAAGGACCAACCUUGAGCUGCCAGCAGCUCUCGGAGAAGGAUAUGUGAUUUUACCAAAACACGUCUACUACACACUCAAAGGCAUUUAGUAACAUGUAACUCACAUUUCUCAGCAGCAGCAGCCAGGAAGACUGUUGAAGAUCUGCUGAGCAAGGCAGCAAAGCCCGAGCUGAGAGCUGAAGGACGACCUUGUUAAUGAACGCAAAAUGCAUGAUGUGGAAAACUUGAAUCUGAGUUGGUGGAUACAACAAACUCCCUGUGUAACAUUUUUUUUUUUCUGUUCGGCUCUGGUGAAAUUACUUUAAGUGAUCCCUCUUGAAAGACCUAUUAUGCAUAUUCAUAUUUCCUGUUAAUUUAUGAUGUUACAAUAUCUGAUUCUCAUACUAAAUGUGCCCAGAGUGUCGAAUAAUGAGAUAAACUUUUGUAAAAGUAUUUCCUGUGAACAAAAACAUCAGGCUUCAGACUGGCUUCUGACCAUUGUGAACACUCCAAAAAUGUUUUUUUACUCUGGUAAUUUCAUGCCAGAUUUCUUUGUAUGGCCAUUUGCUCCAGACAAAGACAGGGUAGUACAAGGGUGCUCGCAACUCAUAUUUUAUGCCACUUCUCAGAGGACUCUUUUGUCAACAUCCCGAUAUGUAGCCAGGUUAGCAUAUGCUAACAGACAGGGCUGUUCGAUCUAUAAAGGGCCCUGUUGACAAGUCAGCGCAAACUGUAAGUAAAACUAUACCACUGAAAUGUUUGUCUUGUAUUGAUAAUCAGAGUAAAUGGCUUAUGAACACAGUUUUAGUGCAAACCAUGGGCAUAUACAAUGUAUAUAAAGUAAUUUAGGUAGCUAACAGUGAUUUGCACACACAAAUGGUUGAAUUAGUUAGCGUAAAGUGAUGGAUAAAUUAUUCAAAUGGUUAGCUUUCGGUAAUGGAUAAACAGUUGAAACGUCUGACAGGGCUGUGGGGGUACCUCAGAACAACUUGUUAACUUAUAGACACCGUUAUUUUGGCAGGUUUAUGGCAAACAUUGUUAUACUAUAGUAUUAUUUCUGAAGACCAAAGUUAUUCAUUUUAUUGUCUUUUCCCAAAUAUAGUACAUCACAACAGACCUCCACAACCCAUGUUUGAAAACAGUACUGACGUACCGGAUGCCAAACUGACCCUGAACCGACAGUCACUGUGGUAAAGCAGUUCUGGCCCCAGAUGAUAUGAUAACAAAUUAUUAAGACACUCCUACUAGAGGGUCAAGGGUAUAAUCAAAUCUGCCAACCCCAUCUUCCUGGCCUGCGCCUGAUACCAACCCCUCUCACCAUCCCUUUCCCCUGUUGGCCCUGUCAUAGAGUGUCAGCGUCAACCAGCCACUUUCCCCCAUCCCCUGAACCCUAUCCCAACCCAGAAUCCCCAGAACCCCACGUCACCUGCCCCUCCUCACCCCAAUAAUAAUUCACCCAUCCUCUGUUAACAUCAGGCCAGAUAACAGUAGAUCUGGUCCACCUCCUGGCUGAGGAGGCAGAGGACUGUGCGAGGCCCAAGCUCUGGCUAGAAGAGACACAGGUGUUUUGAAGUCUGGUGGUUCUGCAGCUGAUAUUUCUGUAUCUCUUGCCAGAUAGCAGCAGGAUGAACAGCCUUCGGCUGGGUUGGUUUUAUCUUUAAAUAUCCCCUUAGCUAUUCACAGGCUCUUCUUCUCACCGAUAUCACGAUGCUCAGUAGAUGGGUGCAAAUAAUGUUCUGGGCGGUUUUAAUCAUCCGCUGUAGAGCUCUUCUGUCCUCCAUGUACACGUCCCAUUCCAGAUUGUAAAGUUUGCAUUCAGGCUGCUUUCUAUUGCCCCACUGUAAAAGUUCACAAGAACGCCACAGGAAUUUAGCCAUCAUAAGUUUCCUUUUAUGAGCUCUUUCACCAUGAUGGAGAUGUGUAAGGAACACCUCCACCUCAACUCAAUUGAUACAGGGGUGCAUCUUUGCCUCCUUUAUUCUAAAAUCAACAAUCAGCUCCUUGGUUUUACUGACGUUGAGCAGUAGAUUGUUCUCUGAGCACGACUCUGUAAGAAUGUUGAUUUCCUCUCUAUAUGAAGUCUCGUUGUUUGGAAACCAGCAGAUGACUGUAGUGUCAUCUGCAAACUUAACAACAGAGAUUCUUUUCAUGUUUGGGGUAGCAGUCGUGGGUGUUCAGCGGAGCAGAGUGUAGGAGGUUUGGCUGCUAAUGCGAACUGCAUGGGGACUGUUUGUGAGGAAUUCUAAUAACCAGUUGCAGAGUGAGGUACUCAAGCCCAGAGUGCUUCAGUGAUCAGUUUUAUGGGGGAGGUUGUAUUGAAGGCUGAGUUGAAAUCAACAAACAUUAUUCUGAUGUAGGUGUUAUUUUCCAGAUGAGUGAUGGCUUAGUGGAGACCAGUGGAGACAGCAUCCUCUGUGGAUCUGUUGGCUCUGUAUGCUGGUGAUGGUCCAGGCUGGCUGGGAUGUUAUUUUUAAUGUGCUGGAGAAUCAGUUUCUCAAAGCACUUCCUCAGAACGGGGAUGAGUGCAACAUGGCAAUAGUCAUUUAGAAUGGACACUGCAGACGUUUUAGGUACAGGAACGAUGAUGUCUGUCUUGCAAAAAGUUUGAACACUCUCCUGUGAACGUUAUAUGUUCAAAAUGUAUUGAGGACACCAGUUAGCUGGUUCUUGUGCCUCCCACUGUCCCUGUCUGCCCGCCGUCACUGGCACCCCAUCACUAAUGAGCCUGCCUGCUAAGGGACAUUGCCACCUUUACCCAACUCCUGGUCAGCGAGUUAAUGGUAAAGCAUAUCUGUUAUACAUUUGGAUUCAUGUAAAUAUUAAAAUGUAUUUACUAUUGUGAUGCACAGACAUUGUUAUAAGUAUGUUUUUAACUGUUGUAAUAAUAAGAUAUGAUUAUUAUUUUAGAGCCUUCAAAACCAGCACCAGGAUGUGGCCUCCAAUGUCCAAAACUCCUUCCUACUGUAAAUGCUUUAUAUAAUCUGUAAAAACAAGCAAUAUUUGUACAUGUUGGUGCACAUUAAGAGUAAACAAAACAUUUAAAGCUUUGUCUGUUAUUUAGCCUGCCUACCUGCAGACCACCAGACCGGACCCUUAUCAUGUAGCUCCUCGUCUUCUGGAUCCAGGACAUCACCGGUAGUGUUCUUAAUGUUAAGUCUUUGCACGCCAACCCAUGAUAAUCAAACAAUUUUCUUCAAAGGAACAUUGGGUAACAUUUAGGGGGAUUAUUUGGCAGCAUUGAAAUAUUAUAUUCGCUACAUUUUAAUCAGUGUAUAAUGAGCUGAAACUAAGAAUCGUAGGAGUUUCGUUUGCUUAGAAAAAGCCAUUUAUAUCUACCUGGGAGCGGGUCGUCUUCCACGGAAUACGCCAUCUUACAUUGCCAUGUUUUCUACAGAAGCCCAGGACGGGCACUGGCUCUGUUUAGAUUUGCAUUUUAUGUUCCGAAACCCGGUAUUAACAGGGCCUUGUGCUAAAUUACCGGAGUAUUAAUUUGCCGCGACGUUACUGGUGUUUUUGUUAGUACAUUUUAAUGUUUUGAUGUUAUUUAAUAUCGAGCGGCAGUGCGCAUUUGCUCUGCUCAUUCUCUGUCUGGCUAAGCUCCUCCAACUACACACACAUAUAGACACAAACAAACACGCACCGAGUGCUAGCAGAUAGCCCCGUUGAGGUGAAGUAAACCAGGUAAAGUAAAGGAUACUUGAGUUGACGGCAACUACGCUUGUUACUGUAUGUGCAAUAAAAUAUUUGUGAGUAAAUAGCCAAUACUUUAUCAAUACAUUUGUGCAACAAGAACGGACAUGUAAACCAAAUUGAAACUAAUUACAUUACAGUCAUUUAGCAGACGCUUUUAUCCAAAGCGACUUACAGUCAGUAGUAUAUUACAUAUCAUUCACCCAUUCACACACUGAUGACAGGCACCCAUGCAAGGUGCCACCAUCAGACUCUAACUAACAUUCAUGCAACAUCCAGUCCACACCGAUGGCAAGCCUUCGGGAGCAACUUGGGGUUAAGUGUCUUGCCCAAGGACACAUCGACUGCCGAAGCCGGGUAUCGAACCACCGACCCUCUGAUUGGAGAACUAUCUUGCUCUCCACUACGCCACAGCCGCCCCGACUACCACUGCUAUAUUUACACACGCACAGCACGAACGAUCGGCCAAAAGUUUUUGUUGUUUUUUUAAACUUCUCUGCUGGUUGCCACAAAGCAGCCGUGGGACAGGGGACUUGAGGACAGAGAACUGGAGGUGUGACUCAAGCUUCUUCAUUCUUUAUAACUUUCACUCAGACCUUACACAGUAUUAUUUUAUUUACAUUUUACAUUUGUUUCCAGUGAGAUAUUAAUGUCUUUUGUGAAUUUGUUGUUGUAAACAUAACUGUUGCUGCUCUGUAAAAUGUAUAUAUAUUUUGAAUAUAAAAUCUAAUCCUGUUCUGAAUUUAUUUGUAAUUAAAAUUCUAUAUAUGUUUUUAAAACCAACUAUUUUGUCAUGUAGAAAAGAAGAAUACUUUUAAGAGUAGCUCCUUUUUGUAAUGAAAUCUUAAAGAUAACUCUUUAUCUGAAGGCCACUGUAGUUCUCCAAAAUGAUUCGAAAGGGAGGGUUGAGCUGAGGCGUAUUUAGUUGGUUGCAAUCUGUAACACACCGCUAGAUGCCACUAAACCUAACACACUUGGCAUUUAAAUAGAAAUAUACUUUUUUUGUGAGUAGGUCACACCACUGAAGAGGUGGAGCUGACAGUUCGGCAGAGUGGCCGUCCAGGGCACCUAACCCUCCAGAGAGUUCUGAGGGAUUGUUGUCAUGGGUUCAGUGUGACAUCUGCAAGACAUGGUUUCACACCAUAUGUGUAGGCUAAAACAAGGUUCAGGAUUAUGCUAAUGAUGAU